AACGGAGGGGGCGGCAGCGGCAACUGCAACCCCGGCCUGGUCACCGCCAACAGCAGCAGCAGCAACAGCAGCAGCAGCAGCAGCAGCAACACUGGCAGCGGCGGCGGCGGCACCUCCAACCCCAGCCUCAACGUGAGCACCGCCAGCUGCGGCAGCAGCAGCAGCAGCAGUAGCAGCAGUAGCAGUAGCAGCAGCAGCAGCAGCAGUAGCAGCAGCAGCAGCAGCAGCAGCUGCGGCAACCUCCCGGGGAAACCAGUGUACUCGACCCCUUCCCCAGUGGAGAAUACCCCCCAGAAUAAUGAGUGCAAAAUGGUGGAUCUGAGGGGGGCCAAAGUGGCUUCCUUCACUGUGGAGGGCUGCGAGCUUAUCUGCCUGCCCCAGGCUUUUGACCUGUUCCUAAAGCACUUGGUUGGGGGCUUGCACACUGUCUAUACCAAACUGAAGCGGUUGGAGAUCACUCCGGUGGUGUGCAAUGUGGAACAGGUUCGCAUCCUGAGGGGACUAGGGGCUAUCCAGCCCGGGGUGAACCGCUGCAAACUCAUCUCCAGAAAGGAUUUCGAGACUCUCUACAAUGACUGCACCAACGCAAGUUCUAGACCUGGAAGGCCUCCUAAGAGAACUCAAAGUGUCACCUCUCCAGAGAAUUCUCAUAUCAUGCCACAUUCUGUCCCUGGCCUAAUGUCUCCUGGAAUCAUACCACCAACAGGUCUGACAGCAGCAGCUGCAGCGGCUGCUGCAGCUACAAAUGCAGCCAUAGCAGAGGCAAUGAAGGUGAAAAAAAUCAAAUUAGAAGCUAUGACCAACUACCAUGCCAGUAAUAACCAGCAUGGAGCAGAUUCGGAGAAUGGAGAUCUGAAUUCAAGUGUUGGCAGCAGUGAUGGUUCUUGGGAUAAGGAAAAACUUCAGUCUCCCCCCACCCAAGGAUCUCAGGCCUCUGUUAACCACCCCAGCUUGCCUGGACAGCAUAACCUUCCAGUUAGUCAUCCUCUCAACCCUCUUCAGCAGAACCACCUUCUGCCAAAUGGACUGGAACUUCCUUUUAUGAUGAUGCCCCAUCCUCUAAUUCCUGUCAGCCUACCUCCAGCAUCUGUCACCAUGGCAAUGAGCCAGAUGAACCAUCUUAGCACCAUUGCAAAUAUGGCGGCAGCAGCACAAGUUCAGAGCCCACCGUCAAGAGUUGAGACAUCUGUUAUUAAGGAACGUGUUCCAGACAGUCCUUCACCAGCCCCCUCCCUUGAAGAGGGUCGAAGACCUGGCAGUCAUCCAUCAUCUCACCGAAGCAGCAGCGUAUCUAGCUCCCCUGCACGGACCGAGAGUUCUUCUGAUAGAAUCCCAGCUGUCCAUCAGAAUGGGCUAUCCAUGAACCAGAUGCUGAUGGGUUUGUCACCAAAUGUAUUACCUGGUCCAAAAGAGGGUGAUCUGGCUGGCCAUGAUCUUGGACAUGAAUCCAAAAGGAUACACAUUGAAAAAGAUGAGACCCCGCUCUCCACACCAACCACAAGAGACAGCCUUGACAAACUUUCUCUUACUGGGCAUGGGCAACCGCUACCUCCAGGUUUUCCAUCUCCUUUUCUAUUCCCUGAUGGAUUGUCCUCCAUCGAGACCCUUCUGACUAACAUCCAGGGGCUCUUGAAGGUCGCCAUAGAUAAUGCCAGAGCUCAAGAGAAACAAGUCCAACUGGAAAAAACAGAGCUGAAGAUGGAUUUCUUAAGGGAACGAGAACUAAGAGAAACUCUUGAAAAGCAGCUGGCUAUGGAACAGAAGAAUAGAGCAAUAGUUCAAAAGCGGCUAAAGAAGGAGAAAAAGGCAAAGAGGAAAUUGCAGGAAGCGCUUGAAUUUGAGACUAAACGGCGAGAACAAGCAGAACAGACCCUAAAACAGGCAGCAUCCACUGAUAGUCUCAGGGUCUUAAAUGACUCUCUGACCCCAGAGAUAGAAGCUGACCGCAGCGGGGGCAGAACAGAUGCUGAAAGGACAAUACAAGAGGGGAAAAUAUAUUUGAGGAAAUCAGGGAAGAUAAAAUAAGAAGAGCCAUCUAAGAUGAGUCUUAAAGAAAGAUAAGAAUUCUGAAAAAUGAAUAUGGUAAGGAAUAUAUUCAAAGAAUUGAGUAAUGGCUUAUAUAAAUCAAUAGAUGGGUUAGAUGUCUUAUUGAAUUGAC